ACUCAUUCUAUUUCUGAGUUUUAAUUGAACAGAAUCAAACUCUGAUUUUUCCUCUUUUUAUUUUCUAUAGUAUUCAUAAUUUUAAUACAAUCGCAGAAUGGUGACUUUUGGUUGUGUCGCAAAACUUUUGAGCGGCUUCGAGUGCUGCGCAAAUUCGUGGGUCAAAGCCGUAAAUCCCGGGUGGUACGAGGCCCGUGAGAUUCCCAAGACCAUUCUGACCCAAAAGAUGCGACAGGUGGCCCAGGCAACCAGGGCGAUUCGGCAGCGACCCCAAACCGCGGAGCCGCCAAAGAAGCCCAAACCGCAGCGCCAGCCACACUACUAAGUUGGGCAGAGAUUUCCAAAUAAAUGUUUUAGUCGUUGCAGACGUUUUGCCCUAGUGCGGAUUCCGAGUGCUGAGGUGCCUCGGAGCCGUCAUCGAUUUCGGCAUUUUGGCUGCCCCGCCGCACGGCCACACCGAGUCGGUGCCGAGUUUUUGCUUCGCGAGCAGGUGGUGUUGUCCAAUCAGAAUCGCCGUCGACGGCACGAAUAAAAAUUCCAAUAGAAUAGCCGAGGGCGACUAUUUAUGUGUGUUAAUGUUAAAUGUUAAAUGCAAAAUUACGCGUCGCACGCUUCGCCCACGCGAUUUCGGCCCGAUUGUUCUGUGCAAACACACACAAGUGAAUAUAAUAUGUAAGCGAAGGCAAGAAGCCAACAACAAAGCGCCAGUGAUAAGCGCAAUAAUAUAAUGCAAUAUAGUAUAAA